AUGAAUAGAGAGUUAGAGGUGGAGGAUGAGGAGGAGCAGCAGCUCUACUCCUACAGUCAGCUCGACCGUAUUGAACAGAUUAUCGCCCCGGUUCAAGGUCAAGGACACACUAGCACCCAUGAGAUGUACUUUAGAAGGUUCGUUAAAUCAAAAAAACUAGUAAAAAGGGCAAAAUUUGGAGUUUUGGCCAAAAUUAUCAGUUUUUGUCGACUUUAAAGCAAUAAAAAUUGAAAAACGACUUUUUGGUCAGAGUUUCAUGGGAAAUUAUCAGUUUUUAUCGACUUUGAAAAGAAAAUUCAGAACCAGAGGCAAUAUUUCGUGUUGUCAAUGUUAUUUUAAAAAUAGGAAGUUUCUAGAAUUUUUUUAUUUUUAACAGAGGACCUUAGAAAAAAAUGAGAAGAGUUAUGGGAAAGUAUAAAUUUUGCAAUUUUGAUUAGCUUUUCGUUUAAAUUUAUCAGUUUUGGCAACAUCGAUACUUUCAACCGGAGACAAGAUUUCCUGCUUUUUUUGAUAAUUUGAAGGAGGAGAUGUACUUUUAGAAGUUUUUGUUUAAAACAAAAAGAAACUAGUAAAAAGGUAAAAUUUGGAGUUUUGGUCAGCAUUUUUUCGAAAAUUAUCAGUUUCUGACGAGUUUCAAGCGAUAAACAUCGAGUAAAAGGGAAAAUUGAAGAUUUGGUCAGCAUUUCGUGGAAAUAUCCAUUUUUGUCACCUUUUGAAAAGAAAAUCUUCAACUAGAGACAAGAUUUCAUGCACUAAUUGAUGAUUUGAAGGAGGGAAUAAUGUACUUUAGAAAGCUUGUUUCACUUGAGAAAUCAUGAAAAAGGAACAAUUUGGAGUUUUGAUAAGUCUUUUUAUUAAAAAUGAUCAGUUUCAGAGAGAAAGUGUGAUUUUUUUCUUUCAUUUGUUAGAUUUUUAAUUAGAUUCGGUAUGAAUCAGAAUUGAAAUUAGGACCAAACUCAGAAUUGAAAGCAUUUUUUUGGUCGUUGAAAUGGACUCUUCGAUGAACUUUCAUAGAAAUCUUAAAAUGAGUGGUUUCAAAAUUAUAUUUCGAAGAGUAAAAACCUUUUUCUCUCUCUUAUUUGAUGACUACAAAAAGUUUUUUUGAAACGAUCUUUAUUAUAUAAAAAAAUAAUUAUUUCAAAUCGUUCAUAUCUAUUAACCAAUUAUUUUUUUCAAUACAUUUUUUUCAUCAACUAACUAUUUUUUUCAUCAAUAUUUUUUUCUAGAUAUCUAGUCUACGCCUGGACGAAGUUGCUCCACGAGCUCGAGGCCAUGGGAACCGACGAUUCGAUGGAAUCCCCGAGAACUGUCGGAGUCGUCCCGGUUGACUUGUCGGUUCCACAAUUAAUAAAGGAAAAAAUGGAUUUUUACGCUGUCUAUCUGUAGAGCAAAAUCUCCAAUUUUUAUUUGAUUUUGACCGUUUUAUGAGAAAAAAAUCCUUCUAGAAAAGUUCCGAAAACUGAGAAAAAUCUAGAGAAAAUGACAAUAUUUUUUUAAUGUUACUUCAUUCAGUUGAGAAUGGAUCCAAAAAUAUAUAUAGGAAAUUCCGUAUUUUUGAAGCUGAUUUUGAUAGAAAUCUGGUAGAUUUUUGAGAAUUUUGAAAUGGAAAAAAAUCAAAAAUUGAUUUUUUUAUCUGAAGAAAAACUCGAAAAUUUUUAAAAAUAGCCUCGAAACUUUAAAAAAAUAUGAUUUUUCCUUGCUAAUUUUUUGUAAAAAUUCGGAUUUUCUAUCAUUUAAAAGUUUAAAAAAAGGUAAUAUUUAUCAGGGAAAAAUAGUUUUAGCUUAAGGGAAUUUUUUAAUCAGUUUGGAUGAAAAAUAUACAUCUUCAUUUUCCAGAAACGCCUUCGAAGACGUCAAAGAAGGCCGGCUCCAGAAGGAAAAAGCCUUCGAUUUCAUUAUCGAUCGAUUUCAUUCGCAGUUCAGCGAUAAUUACAGUUCGUUUCCGAAAAAAAGCUCAAAUUUGAACUGAACAAUUAAAAGUUCAUGGUCCCUAGAGUGGUCCCUAGAGGGGCGACCUCACCGGCUCUUGUAGAUUCUCCUCAAGGGACUACCUCACCUCCACCGCUAGGGGUACAAAAACUGACGGAAGUGGUCACUUUAGGGGUUUAGUUAGUGGCUACUCUAGGGUAGUAGGAUAGUUUUAUAUAAACGAAUAGUUAUCGUUAAUUAUUUUAAAGAGUGGUCCCUAGAGUGGAAACCUCAGGGGCUCGUGUAGAUUCCCCUCAAGGGACUACUUUACUUUCCCCUAUGGGCGAGUCUAAAAAUAGGAAAGUAUGGUGUGUCUAAGGUCGCUAAGUUUUAAGGAACCUACGUCACAGUGGUCCCUAGAGGGGCGACCUCUUGUAGAUCUCGCUGGAGGAAUCACCUCACCUCCACCGCUAGGGGUACAAAAACUGACGGAAGUGGUCAUUCUAGGGGUUUAGUUAGUGGCUACUCUAGGGUAGUAGGAUAGUUUUAUAUAAACGAAUAGUUAUCGUUAAUUAUUUUCAAGAGUGGUCCCUAGAGUGGAAGCCUAAGGGGCUCGUGUAGAUUCCCCUAACGGACUACUUUACUUUCCCCUAUGGGCGAGACUGAAAAUAGGAAAGUAUGGUGUGUCUAAGGUCGCUAAGUUUUAAGGAACCUACGUCACAGUGGUCCCUAGAGGGGCAUCUUUCGGGGCUCUUGUAGGUCCCGUUAAGGAGCCUCAUAGUGGUCCCUUGAGGGAUAUCUUCAGAAGCUUUUGUAGGUCUCGCUGGAAGAAACCACGUUCACCUUCACCUCUUAGGACGCUAAGGUUCACGGAACUUAGGAGCGUCAUAGUGGUCCCUAGAGGGGCGACCUCUCCGGCUCUUGUAGAUCUCGCUGGAGGAACAGCCUCACCUCCACCUCUAGGACACAAAAACUGACGGAAGUGGUCACUCUAGGCGUUUAGUCACUUCCAUCAUUUUUAUGAAAAUGAAACAAAAUGAUAUUAGUUCGAGUCGAAGUCAUUCAAUAAAUAUUGUUUUCGAGUAAAUCAGGAGGAAAGACCCGAGGUGUCUCAACGGGUGUACCCGUGUUUCUGAGGUUAUUUUAGUCUCCGUCGGGCUAAAACGGGGGAGCAACGGGUGCAAGAAAAGUAUGUCCCCCAGCUGUGCUAAAUCGGGGUCUCAAUUGGGCUAAAGAUUUCCAGAAGUUCUACCAACUGUGUUUCUACGGGUUCAAUACGGGGGAACCCGCUGACACCCCGUUUUAGCACGGCUGGGUCACCCUGCUCAGCAUGCGAGGAGAGGAGAAUAUAAAAAUGAUAUUUGAAAGGGAAAUCUUGAUGAAAAUAAAAAAAGCCGUGAAAAUGAUCAUUUUAUCUUUUUGAUUUCCUUAAUAAGUUAAGUUUCAUCAUUUGUGUGAAUAGGCAGACGUUGUAAACAUCGAUGAUAAUGUCUCAUUUGCCACUGCCAAAAAAAUUAUAUCAGCAAGCCUGAAAAAAAGGGUAUUAAUUUAAUUAAAGGAGUGGACUUUGAAAAAAAAAUUGCUUUAUUGCGAAGUGCUUAUGACGGAUUUUCGAAUGAUUUUCGACUUUUAAAAACAUUUUUCAGUUCACAUUCCUUGCAAAAAUAAAUUUUUAUAAAAAGUUUUUGAAUUAUUUUUUUCUUGAGGAAAUACAUAAAAUGGAAAAAAAUAGGUCUUUGAAAAAGAAAAAUAUUGAUUGCUUCUAAGUAGGAGAUUCAAAAGCUCAUUUUUGAAGGAUUUUUCAAACAGAUAAUCUUUUUUUAUUGGUUAAUUUUUCUUUGCAAAAAAACAUUUUAAUAAAGAUUAGAAUUUUUUUGAAGCAUUGGUUUUUCCAUAUUCUUGAUGAAAUGUUCAUUUAAAAAAAGCUAGGAUUUUUCGAAAGAGACUAUUUUUGAUGAUUUUAUCAUGGUCUAAUAUUUUUUUAUGAUUUUUCAAAUAACUGCAUAUAUUAUUCAUCCACAAAAAUUAAAUGUUAAAGAAGAGCCAAAUAGAAAAAUCACAGACGAAAAAAGUUUUUUUGUUCUAAACAGCUUAGUGAUUCAUUCAGCGGUCAAAAAAAGAUUUUUCAAUUUUUCAAGUUUAAAAUUUCAUCGAAAACUUAGAAGUCAAGAAUUUUUCAGAAAUCCAAGAAACGCCAGUUUUGGAGGUGUCCACCGAACAAAUUUGGGAUCAACCGGCCGUUUUCAUUGCCACAGGACAGAUUAACUUGUGUAAGUUUCGAAAAAAAAAAGUCUAUAGGAGUUUUUCAAAAAACGAGUUUUGACUUUUAUAAUGUUUAGUGGUCACUGUAGGGUUUUGGCGUUCUAGUGGCCACUAUAGUGGUCAAAACAGGGGCCACUUGAGUUGCCAAAAGUUAGUGGCCUUUUAAGGAGUCCGGGUGACAUUACUAGACCACUUUAGUGUCACCUCCAAAUGUUCCUUUAGGAGCCGCUUAAGUGACCACUAGAGCUUCUCCCCAAAGGUGCAAUUUUGCAGACCGAACAAUCGAAGUGGCCUUCGACAGCAUCAUCGACAAAAUCGAGACGGGCCAGACGUCCUACCUCGACGAUCUGCGGUUCCUUCUCGGGCCAACCGCGGUAGACCCGCGGCUGGACGAGGACUCCCGCGGGCGUGUCUGCAGUGCUGCCCGCAGGGCAAGAUUUCAGGUUCGUCUUGUUCUGUUUGAAGUGUGAUGAAGGACUUUUUAACUUGAGAUUUUUUUGAAAUGAAUCCAGCGUACUUCUUAAAAAUCCUAUAACCUGAAGAAUUUCCUAUUUUUUGAAUAAUUGUGCCUAGAAAACCAAAAGAAACUAUUAAAAUAGGUCAUUUCGAGGCUUCGAGCCCUUCUUGGAAAGUUUUAUAAGUUGAGACUGUUAGGGGCUUGUCGACGAAAAUCUUGGUAGUUUUUAGAAUUUCUGAAGAAAAUACACAAAAACCAGCGACUUUGGGAACGCCCGAGUGGCCCCUAGAGAGACAGCCUUAGGGAGCUUGAUGGUUUCCCUCAAGGGGUCACCUUCCCUUCCCCUAUAGAGGGCACUGAAGCUUGCAAAAGUGGCCACUUUAGGGGAGAAUACUAGUUUUUUUAUUGUUAAGGACUUCUCUAGAGAGCACUAGGUGUCCCAUGUAUGGCUUUUUUUUUCCCUAAUCCCUCUAGGGACCACUAUGGCGUUCUCAAAAGGUUGAAAAGUGCUCCUAACAGAUUUAUGUUCUGGGAAAAAUUUUAGUGGCCACUAUAGAGGCUCGCCACGGAAUACUUGGAGAAGACACUAAAGUGGCCACUAAAGCUACCUCUAUAGUGGCCACUUUUUUCUGUUUUAGUGGCCACUAUAGAGGUUCGCUAAUUAGGAGCCGCUUCAGUAGUUUUUCAUCCAGUAUUCCUUUCAUUAUGAUAAUUUUACAGAUUGGGCCAGUUAUGAUGAUCCAUUGAUCCCUAAAGUGGCCACUAAAACGUUUAGUGGUCUAGUAGUAGCCCUUAGACCUCUAUAGUGGCCACUAAGUUUUAACCCCCAAGUGGCCACUUAUUUGACUACUAUAAUGGCCACUAAAAUGUCAAAACCCUCUAGUGGCCACUUAAAAUGUUCACACUUGUUGCAAAAAAAGACGGGAUUUGGAAAAAUUGAACCUGAGGCUAUUUUUGUGAAGUUAUAUUCAAUUGAGUCUCAAAUAAAUUAUGUUUUUCAUUAUUUUGAAUUGUCAACCAACGUUGGUGGGAAAUGUUAACAUCUGAUACCGAGAAAUGACAUUUUUUUUUUCCCCCUCCUAAAAGCCUCGAUUUCAGACGAUUCGCUCGAUCCGAGCCCAUCUCGCCUCCAAAAAAACCCUCCGCGAGGAGGACUUAUACAAGUCGGCGAACUUCCGCAAAAAAAUCUACCUCGCCAAGUUCUUCCGCAUCGAAUCUCAUGCCCACAAGAUUCGCAGGACUAUCAGGCGAAUCAACAGGGCCCAGAGAAGAGACAACCUUCCCGAGUUGAUUUUCGACACGGACCCCGUUGUGCCGAGUCUUUGA